CAGCCCAUCUAAAGCAGCACAAAAGCAAGCUUCAUCACCUCUCAAAAACCUCUCAAUCUCUAGGGUUUUUCUGUCUGCAACCAAAUCUCUUUCGCUCACCCUCUCAUCUCUAUUUCACCGUUACUCUCCGCCGUGAGCUUUCGCAGUCGUAAACAAUGAGGAUCAAGACAAUAUCGAGAUCGGUUGAUGAAUUCACGCGAGAAAGAAGUCAGGAUCUUCAGAGGGUGUUUCACAACUUCGACCCGAGUCUUCGACCAAUGGAGAAGGCGGUUGAGUAUCAGAGGGCACUUACAGCUGCCAAACUUGAGAAGAUAUUUGCAAGGCCGUUCGUAGGAGCAAUGGAUGGGCAUCGCGAUGGAAUCUCGUGUAUGGCUAAGAACCCUAAUUACUUGAAAGGAAUCUUCUCCGCUUCUAUGGAUGGAGAUAUUCGCCUUUGGGAUAUCGCUACGAGGCGUACGGUUUGCCAGUUUCCUGGUCAUCAAGGUGCUGUGCGUGGUCUUACAGUAUCAACCGAUGGCAAUGUUUUGGUUUCUUGCGGAACUGAUUGCAAUGUUCGUUUGUGGAGUGUUCCUCGUCCUUCGCUUGAAGACUCUGACCUCUCAUCUGAAAAAUCUACUGAGGUGGUUCAUUGUUUAUUUUUUCUUAUAACCUUGUAUUCUCUUGUAUUGUUAUUUAUCUUAAUAACAAGCUUCUUUUUGUCCCAGCCAUCUGCGGUCUAUACCUGCAAGAAUGCGUUAUUGGCUGUUGAUCAUCAGUUUGAAGGAGAUCUUUUUGCUACAGCCGGAGCUCAACUGGAUAUAUGGAAUCAUAAUAGGUCUCAGCCAGUCCAGAGUUUCACGUCUGGAAGUCACUCUGUAAUAUCUGUCCGGUUUAAUCCUGGAGAGCCUGAUAUAUUGGCGACAUCUUCUGGCGAUAACCACAUAUCCAUUUAUGAUAUCCGCAUGUCUUCUGCAGCGAGGAAAAUUCUCAUGAGGACCAAAACAAAUUCAAUCGCAUGGAACCCUAUGGAGCCUAUGAACUUCACAGCUGCAAAUGAAGAUGGCAACUGCUAUAGCUUUGAUGGUAGAAAGAAUGAAGAAGCCAAGUGCGUGCAUAAAGAUCAUGUUUCUGCUGUGAUGGAUAUUGAUUUUUCACCAACUGGUCGUGAGUUCGUUACCGGUUCUUAUGAUCGAUCCGUGAGAAUCUUCCCAUACAAUGGAGGACACAGCAGGGAAAUCUACCAUACGAAGAGGAUGCAGAGAGUAUUCUGUGUCAAGUAUAGCAGUGAUGCUACCUAUGUUAUAUCCGGCAGUGAUGACACUAAUCUCAGGCUAUGGAAGGCCAAAGCAUCAGAGCAACUAGGAGUUAUUCUUCCAAGGGAGCAGAAGAAGCAUGAGUACAAUGAGGCGGUGAAGAAUCGGUACAAGCAUCUUCCUGAGAUCAAGCGUAUUGUCAGACACAGGCACUUGCCGAAGCCUAUAUACAAAGCAAAAGCGGAAAGCAGAGCUAUGAACGAUGCGAAGAGAAGGAAAGAUGAGCGUAGGAAAGCUCAUAGUGCCCCAGGAACAGUUGUCACUGAAUCUCAUCGGACAAGAAGGAUCAUCAAAGAAGUGGAGUGAGUCUAGUUUUCUAUCUCGUUUUGUUCUUGUUUCCUUUGUUGGUAUUGAAACAUGAGGGGCUUGUGAUAGGAACGUGGAACAUUUUUGCUGUGUUGUAAGACUCUCUAUGCUAUUAUAAGUUAUGCCCAUUUCAGGUUCA